UGAAAGAGCUGAAAAUACAGGUAAGGACUUGCUGCAAGAAAUGUGUCUUCUGGAAUAAAAAACCCAUGAGGUUAAUAGUCAGGAGACCGCAGCUGGGAGGAGAUGGAGGGAAGAGUUUGAGUCCCCAGCGGCGGCAAUGUGUGUCUGUGUGCUUGAGUGUCUGUGUGCAUGUGUGUGUGUGUGUCUGUGUGUGUGUGUGCGCUGCACGCGGUCUUUUUGUGCAGCUCAGCAGUAUGUUUUUUCCUCCGCACAAAACCAGCGUGUCUCAUUGUGUUGGCACAGAUCACGCAUGCAUUUUCAGUUGCUCCCUUUGACCAGAACUUGUCCAUCAAUGGGAAGAUCCUGAGCGACGACACAGCGACGCUCGGCAGCCUGGGCGUCAUCCCCGAGUCCGUCAUCCUGCUCAAGGCUGAUGAGCCAAUUGCGGAUUAUGAGGCGAUGGACGAUGUGAUGCAAGUUUGUACGCCUGAAGAAGGAUUUAAAGGGACUGGCUUACUUGGACACUGAUGGCUUUACAAGCACUGGCAGACCAGAAGAGAAGAGGAUUUGACAUGGUAGGGCAUUUAGAGAGAAGGUGGAUACGGGACUGAACUCUUGACUCUUCCAGAAGGCAGAAUCCCAUUCUGAAAUGACUGCCCCCAAAAUGCCUUAUGUCAAAGCAGAUUGCACUGAAGGACAUCCUGACUUCAAGAGAACGUUCCCCAUUUUAUAUUUAAUAAAGCAACAGUAGGGUUGGAAAGUGUAGCAGCAGAGGCAGCGUGUGCCAGGUUCAGGCAGAUGUUUGCAGGGGAGGCGGGGGCCUCGUCUGUCCCAGAGGAGUUGUGAUGCGGUCGAUCAAAACCAGCUCCAUCCAUUCUCCGGUAACUCUUGAGGCAUAACCUGCUUC